AUGCCGCCACGAGAUAACACCACCUCCACAAGGCGACACCCUUCGCUAUCGCUUCGCCCACGCGCCCGAACCGCAGUUCAACCAGUUACACUCCCCAAGAACUUCACAUUCGAUCAGUGGCAAGACUUUGCCCUGGCUGGAGCGUGCUGCGACAGUGAUCUUAAUGACUCCGCUCUGGAGGAUAUCGAGCCUACCGUACAGGCGGUGCCCCGACGUCGUGCAGCCAAAAGUUUUUCAAGCUUGUGCCAUCCGGUGGAUGGUUUGGUAGCGCUCGGACGCCGCCUGUCGGUCACUCUUCGCAAUAAAUCGUCAAAGCACAAUUUGCAUGUGACGGUGGAGGAUGAAAACAAAGAAGGCCACUACCACCUUUCUGGCCACUCAGCACACAAGCGCAGUGCUGCGUCAGGAAACUGGAUUGUGCAGCCUCGAGAAUGGGCUAAGAGCCCUAGUGUCAAUCGACGCCCAUCCCUCAACAGCGUCUCUGCGCUACAGGGCUUUUAUGUACCCACAGGGGCAGUUCCCGCUCCUAUCCCGGGCCAUGGAUUGGAGCCGCCCAUCGUACCGAAUGAUAGGUUUUCUGGUGCAGCAGCUCGAGCUGCUGCCGCUGCCCAGAAUGAACAGAUGGAAAUAGCUAGAUUAGAGCUAGCUCGGAUAGAGCAGGGCAAGACUCUCGAUACGCAAGUGACGCAGGAUUCAGAGAGUGGCAUCGGGAUCGACUUGCGCGAUCGUUCUGAUUCCGAUACUCAAUUAGAUAUCAUGCGCAUUGAUCCCGCUUCUUAUUUGCCUGCUGAAAUCAUGACCCACAUUCUUUCAUACUUGGACCCUUCAUCUUUGCUGAACGCUGAGUUGGUCUCAAAUCUUUGGCAUUAUGAGGCAUCGUCGCCUCAUGUCUGGAAACCAGUUUUCCGUGCCGCUUAUCCCCGCCGCCCGGCUAGCUCUACUGCGACUAAGAGAAAGCAGCCGGCUGGCGUGGGCAAGUCUAUCCCGAACCAGGACUGGAAGCGCAUGUUUUUGGUCCGACGUGCUCUUGAUCAGCGUUGGAAAGAAGGCAAAGCUGCUGCCAUUUAUUUGCACGGACACCAGGACAGUGUAUACUGCGCACAAUUCGACGAAGAUAAAAUCAUUACUGGAUCUCGUGAUCGCACCAUCCGUGUGUGGAGUGCUCACUAUCCUUGGCCUUGUCUAAAGGUCAUUGGCCCCCCUCCAGGCGACCUCCCCGGAAUUGGACAAGUGAACAACCCGGCCCAGCAAGCCACAGGAAAAUCUCCCUUUCUGACCAUUUGCCCUCCGUCGACCCCCUUGGAGAACAUAAUUGCCCCACUGGACCGAACGCUAGACUACCACAGCGCUUCGAUUCUUUGCUUGCGAUUUGAUGAAGAAAUCAUGGUCACUGGAUCCUCCGAUUACACUUGUAUUGUAUGGGAUAUCAAGAAAGAUUACAAGCCGAUCCGUCGUCUUGCUGGCCACACCGCGGGUGUGCUGGAUGUAUGUUUCGAUGAUCGAUACAUCGUGUCUUGCUCUAAGGACAGCACAAUCUGUGUGUGGGAUCGUAAGACUGGCGAGCUCCUGAAGAACCUUGUGGGUCACCGCGGGCCGGUGAACGCAGUACAAUUGCGGGGAGAUCUUGUGGUGUCAGCAAGCGGCGACGGUGUGGCCAAGCUGUGGAACGUCAAGUCCGGCCAUUGUGUCAAGGAGUUCCCUAGCAAGGACCGUGGCUUGGCCUGCGUUGAAUUCAGCGAUGAUGGUCGAACUAUCUUGACAGGUGGUAAUGACAAGACCAUCUACCAAUUUGAUGCCAACACGGGUGAACUGGUCAAUUCCCUCCGUGGUCAUUCUGGAUUGAUCCGUUCACUCCACUUGGACAGCAUGAACAAACGCAUCGUGAGCGGUAGCUACGAUAUGAGUGUCAAGGUGUUCGACACAGACUCUGGCGAGCUAUCUAUUGAUCUCCCAGGAUGGACUACUAGCUGGAUGUUGAACGUUCAGUCAGACUACCGGCGAAUCGUCGCGACUAGCCAAGACUCGCGGGCCGUUAUCAUGGACUUUGGCUACGGUCUCGAUGGAAUCGAUCUAUUGGAGGAGUGA